CCCCUCCUCUCCUUCAACUGUCUCCGCUCUUCAGUCAUUCAUUGCUCCUCCGCUGGACUCUCAGUUUGGACGAUGUUUGGGUGCAGAGCAGCCUGGCAGAGGUGUGUGCCUCUGGCGCGACAGUCCCUGUCCCGCGCACACCUCGACAGAAAUGUAGUUCCACGGAGGCUCAUGUCGUCGGUUCCUGGCGGCUCUGGUCAGAAUAUCUUUUAUGUCGUCCUCUGCGGUGGAGCCUUCGCAGGUGCCUUGGCAUAUGCUUGCAAAACAGUUUCAGCAGACCAAGCACGUUUUGUUGAGCGUGUUUCUGAAAUUAAUGCUCGUCCCAAGUCUGACUGGAAACCCAAAGCAUGGCCCCCUAAGGGUGGGGAGAAUGGCAAUGAAGAAGCUGGCGCAGAGGAAGGUGAGGUGGCAGAAACUGUAGAGAGUGCAGCUGAGGAGGAUGUUCCUGCCGAGGCACCUGAGGUCUUGCUGGAAGCAGCUGAGGCCACUAGAGGGAAGACAGGAACUCUUGAGACGGUUGUGGAGGAGGUGGCCGAGACGGUCGCAGAGACUGCAGAGGUGGUGGCUGAGGUGGCUGGGCUCGUUGCUGAGACAGCAGAAGAGGUGGCAGCAGUGGCAGAGGAAGUGCAGAAGGUAGCAGAGGAAGUAGAAGCAGCAGCAGAGGCUGUCGUCACUCCUGUUAUCCAAGCUGAAGAGCCGGCGUCAGAGAGCAACGGUACGCCACCAGCCUCCAAAGAAGAGGCAGAAGCAGAGGCCUCUGGUACAGAGUCCUAAAUGGCUCACUGUUACUCAAACACUCACCCACAUACACACACAAGAUAUGGAAGACUCAAAUGUUUUUAUAUCUGAACCUGUUAACCUUACAUCCAAAGAAGAACAAAAUUAUGCACAUACAAUUUAGAGAUAUUUUAUUGCUUGAAUCCUGCAGGUCUCUCUAUCGAUCUUCAUUUUUCCUCCCUAACAAGUAGAUUCCUUAGUCAUAAACUGAAGUUUUAAGGUGAUCGGAGACACAUGAAAUAAAUUAUAGUGUAUGUAAUUAACUGUAUCGUCCUCAUCAUAUUGUACUUCCUCUGGUUGCAUCAGUGUUAUACAACAGGAUUUGAUGAUUGCUUUGCAAUAAAGUCAUCCCACUAUAUAGCACACAGCUUAUUGUGUAUAUUUUCGCUAUAUUCCUGGAUUUUGCUGGAAAUAUUUGAAAAUUAUAUAAAUACAUUUUAACUUGAAAAAGUUAUAAAUUAUAAGUUUUUCAAGAGUAGGUUACUGUAGAAACCACUGUGAGAAUUCAAAGUUGCUGCUUUUUGUUACAUGUGACCAAACAUUCCAAUAGACACACUUCAGACCGUCUACUCCUGUACUCCUAAUUUCUUACUCUUAGCUUUACUCUCAAUCUUCUCCCAAAUCUGAGCCAGCCUCCUUUAACCUCUGUUCUGACUUACUUCCUAUUUGAGAAACAACUGCAUGCAAAGACACCAAAAAGCAAAUGUUCUUCUGUACGUAGUUAUUUGUUGUUUUAUAAUAACAGUAAUAGUUCAGUUAUGACAUUUUGGAUUUGUCAAAGUAUUUCUCUGCCAGAAAUCACUUAAUUGUUACAAGCCAGUUAAUAUUGUGAAACUGUGAGUGUUUUGCUUCCUAGCAACUAGGUCAGUUGUGUUUCUGUAUUAGUUUUCCCUUUAUACUCCUCUGUAUGACUGAACUGAGAGAACUUACUAAGACGGUCAAGUGUGUGUGAUCAAUGAAUUUGCUCAUUUACUUGGAAAAAUGCAGUCAUGUAAUAAAAUGGA